AUGCAGCGCCCGGGGCUGCGAGCGGCUCCAAGCGAUGGCGUGACCGAGGCGGACGCCUCCUUUUGGCAGGACGGGCCCGCCCCGGCGGCGACGGGCACAGGGGACUCCCUGGAGCGCCCGGCGCCGCCCGCACAGGCCUCGGAGUGGGGCAGACUUGCGAUCUGGGCGCUGGUGUGGUGCGCACUGGCGAUUGCGAUGGCGGUCGUGCGCGGGCGCUGCAAGGCCGUCGAGCCCCUGAUCGCAGGCGAGGCCGCCCUGGUCCAGGCGACCGUCCAGGAGUGCCUGGACCACGCCGAGCAGCUGAGCCAGGCUAAGACGGAGCCGGAGCCCGAGGCGGUGCCCCAGUUCGACUUCGGGGAAGACUCUGGCGAAGAGCCGCUGUGGCUGCGGAUGCACGACGUGGUUCAGUACCCGUUUGCGGGCAUGCUCUCGCCUUGUCUGAUGCAGGCCGAGGGGGAGGUGCAGCCGAGGCGGCGCCAGUACCUGUCCUGCGCCGUCGUCGGCGCGGCGCCGAGCCUGAAGGGCUCCCGGGCUGGGGCCGACAUCGACAGCCACGGCGCGGUCUUCCGGGCCGGGCUGUGCAAGAAGACGUCGCUGCAGGAGUUCAGAGAGGACGCAGGUUCCAAAACGAGCUUCUGCGUCAGCUUUGAGCUGACCACUGGCCUGCCGAACGGCGCCCGGAGCAUCCUGCCCUUGAAGAGCUGGAAGUGGCUCUCGCAGAUCAACAAAGUCGACUGGAACAAUUGCAGAAAGACCAUUCUGGUGUUGCACCCGGCUUGGUUAAGGCGGUGCGACCAGAUGCUGGAUGCACUGGGCGAGGUUGAACCGAAGCCAAGUAUUCCUGUUGCGCAUUGGAGGAAUGCGUCGAUCUUCAGCGACCCCAGCUGUACCACCUUGGUCCAGAGGGGCACGGCCGCCACCAAGCAGGACAGGCUUUCGUGCCCCGCCAUUGUCAACCUCUCUGCUGGUUUCAUGGCCAUCCUGGCGGCCAUGGAGCUGUGCGGGAAGAUCACGCUCUACGGCUUUGACACGAACACCAGCGAGCAUGCCAAGUACAGCCACUUCAGCUCGAAGCACAAGAUCGAGAAGAACAGGACAAAACUGGAAGAUCAUCCCCACGCGUUCCCCCUCGAGCGCCACCUCAUGAAGCUGUGGCACAAGAAGGGAGACGUCAGCUUUCACGCCAGCAUGCUGCCCAAAAAGGCGCCCGUUCAGGAAGCGCGCCGACCACUUCGACAGCCAGGCGGACCCGCUCCCAAGGGCGGCGCUGGACAUGCACCUCAUGCCGCCGGUGGCAGGUAG